AUUUACCUGUUAACAGCAUUACUGAGUAACUUGUAUGCAUAUGUGAAUAUAGACACAUAUAUGACGCAGUAAUUUAAGACUGUACGCUAAUGAAAUUAGCACCAUAUGCUGAAAAUGUCAAAUAACCUCCACUUUGGGUUUUUUUUUACAUUAUAGAGUCCACACAAGCGAGAAAAUAACUACCAUUUAACGCAGUAAUGACAGUAGCAGUUAUUUGCUCUACUGUAGCUGAACUUCUUAAAACUACUAGAGCACAUCCAGCUGCAUGAUAGAAGCUGCUAAGUGAACUGGUCUGACUGCUAUCCAGGUCUCCACUGUUCAUUCUGGGCCUUAUCUCCACGUCAGACACGUCACUCCAGUGUGUGAGGAUCAUUUCAGGUUCCUGGUGUGUAAGCGCAAGCUGGAGAGUAAGAAGGAGGCCCUCCUCAUUCUGUCCAAAGAGCUAGAUACCUGUCAGCAGGAAAGAGACCAGUACAAGCUGAUGGCCAACCAGCUGAGAGAGCGUCACCAGGGGCUCAAAAAGAAGUACAGGGAACUCAUUGAUGGUGACCCCUCUUUGCCACCUGAAAAACGCAAUCAAGUGAACCUGGCUCAGCUGCUGAGGGACUCGAGGGAACGAGCAAAACAGCUUGCUGAGGAGGUGAAGGAGCUCACUCAGAGGCUUGCAGAGGCCCAGGGGGAUAACAAGCUCCUGAGGAUGACCAUUACUCGACAGAGGCUGGGUGAUGAAGAGGUCGGGGUGCGCCACUUCCCUGCCCAUGAACGUGAGGAUUUGGUUUGCCAGCUGGAGAGAGCAGGGCUGCAGAUGGAGGAGAUGGAGAACAACAUGAAGGCACUGACAGACGAGCUCCAGGACGUGAAGGCAGAACGCAUUGUGUUCAGAGAGAAGGCGGAGAGACUAAAUGUGGAGCUGAACCAUAUUUUGGGGAACCAUGAGGCUCGCAUCAUUGAUGUGGACGCCCUUUGCAUGGAAAACAAGUAUUUGCACGACCGUUUAAACCAGGUGCAAGAGGAGGUGAACCUGCUGAAGUCAAACAUCAUGAAGUACAAGACAGCCCUGGAGAGGAGGAAAAACUCCAGCACAUAUGGGAAAUCAAAUAACAGUCCUCUUACAGGCGUCCUCUCAGCCAAACAAGUCCAAGAGAUGCUUCUGGAAGAGCAGGGCUGCAGUCUACCAGCCACGCCUCAGUCCAUCUCUGACCUCAAGUCCCUCGCCACUGCUCUGCUGGAGACCAUCCAUGAGAAGAACUUGGUCAUCCAACACCAGAGGCACACCAACAGGAUCUUGGGAAAUAGAGUUGCAGAUUUGGAAAGGAAGCUGAAGACCUUGGAGGUUUCAGGGUUGUGGAGUCUUCCAGGGACACGAGACAGUGUCACACUAAACGAAAACCUUCAGCCAGAACUUCAUCCUACGCGUGUCACAUCUCAGCCAAAUAUGCAGCCCAGAGUGCAGCCACCCAAAGUUGUUUUAGAUGACAGAAGUUCACAUGAAUCAUCUUGGGAACGCCACAUCGCUGGCACUGACCUUGGCACAGAUGGCGUCAGCAGGGAAGACGCACCUGCACUGCUCAGCAGCCUGGAGACUCUUGACAGGGUGGAGACGAAUGGGAUUGACAGGAGAGGGGGAGAAUUGGUGACCCUUACAGAAGAUCGAGUAGGCAUCGAGCUGGAGAAGGGGCGGAGCCCUGUGGAAGAGGCAGGCCAUGAGGUAGAAGGAGUUGAUGAUGAUGAAGAGCUGGGUUCCACAGUGGAGGAAGGCGAGGAAGCAGCUCUGGCGCUGGAUGUUCCGCCCACUGAAUCAGAUCUCCAGUGGCUUUCAAUUAAACAGGCCUCUGUCAGUCAUGCAGAGGCGGGUCACCUGCCCUGCGAAUCCCAGAACGAUGAGUCUAAGAAUGUACCCGAACAUGAAGAAGCCUCGGUAUCAGUUCCAGAGAGCCAGGCUGCAGAGGUGUCGAGUACAGGCGAGUGGGACGUUCAGUGUCCCUCUGCACAGAGUGACUCCUGUCAUAGUGACAACUUGGCAUGAUCCAACUGAGAAGCUUAUUUAAAUCCUCGUCCUUGUCGUCGUUAUUGAUGACUGCAUUAAUCAUCCACUGUUGCAUUCCCACAACAUAGCCACUGCUCACGAGCUGUCUUCUUCACCGCUUUAGUCAAUAAAACAGAGAGAAAGCCCUUUUUCAGCCACAUUGACAAAGCUCGAAGUGCACUUUGUAUCUAGACAGGUUUGUUGCUACAGAGGAACGAGAAAAUCUUGAACUCGAUGGAGUUACAAACUUAAUGCCCUGCAGGAAGAAUUUAGCUAGGAAAAUAACAAAUAUGGCAACAUCCACUCCUGUGCCCCAAAUUCUCUUCUUCCUUUCCCCUGCGAUAAGAUAAUCUCAAUUGUUUGCUUUCUUCUUCCUCCUAGGGGACAUUAAUAAACUGAAUGCUGCAUUUUUGUAACUCUUAAAGGGAUUCCAAAUUGGCAUACCAAAACUUGUAAUGAAUGUGUACAUAAUUGUGAAUUAUUAAUCUUAAUACUGGAGAUUCUAUUUAUGUCUGUUUAUCAUUAUGGGCGAAUCUUACUAAUGAGUCCAUUUUUAUUUUUCCAUAUUUAACAGUUGCGUUUUGGACUGGACUACAUGUGCCUUAUAUAUGGAAAU